GUGACAUUACUAUUCUUUUUCAAGCUCAUCCACUCACACUCACUGCGAAAUUAUUCCUUUAAAUUCUACCUUUAAGUCAUCCUCGUUUAACUACUCGGGCUGUGCAGAGAUAAAGAAAAGCAAAGAGGAAGGAAAAGUGAGGGAAAGAAGAAGAAAAAGAAGGGGGUCGAUACUCGCUUAGGAAAAUAGUAACUGAGUGAGCGAGUGAGUCGGUGAAUAAGUGAGUAAAAAGACGAGUUGAAGCCUUGACGAGAGGAGGAGAAGGAGGAGGAGAACGCGAAGUGACGAAGAGGGAAGAAGAGGAGGAGGAGGAGGAGUGAAUGAACAACUGAAAAAGGAGAACAAGAACGAGAAAGUUUGGGGUAAAGCUAACCAGCCCACUACCACCAGGAGAACCACAACACCAACAACCGCAACUCCAAUCAACGAUAACUCCUAUUACCAACCAGCCACGCGAACCGCCACAAUGUUCAAGCGAAUCAAGAACAAGCUACACGGUGACCGCUCGGUGACCUUCAAGGAGAACGAGAUGCCGACGAGGGCCGCGCAGAGGGAGGCCGAGAAGCAGAACGAAGAAAGCAAAAACGACCCUUCGGCGGCGGCGGCGGCGACGGCGGCUUCGAGUUCGGCGUCCAACGGAGAAGCGUCGUCGCGGAACCACUACACUUGGCCGACUGUUUACGCUUCUGGCGGCGGGAAACGGCGCAGCAGCGGGAUGGAAGUGGGCGUGGCCUCGUACACCUCGGGCAGGCCCAUGGCGGGGUCCCCGGAUCGAGGGCGUGGCGGCCCCCCUAGGACCAACCUGCACGUGGAGUUCGCGCCGAUCGGAGAGGUGAAGGAGCGGAAAGAGAAGUACCUGACGGCCAAGUACGGCGCCCACCAGAUGUCGCUCAUCCGCAAGAGGCUCAACGUGGAGAUGUGGAUGUUCGACCAGCUGCAGUCUCUCUACCCGGCGCCGCAAGAGGGCAAACAUGAGGAGAAGGAGCUGGACCUUGACGAGCUCCUGGACGUGGAAGGGGAGCUCAAGAAAAGGAAGUACCUCUGGGACUCCUUGGCCGAUUGUAAACAGUCCAAGGAUAAAGUGGAGAAAUUCAUCAAUGAGUUAUUGGAGCGAGCAACAACCCUGUAAGGACAUAGGUAUCUAAGUUGUGUGUGUCCUGUGUGCGUGUGGCUCCACCAAGAUACUUAUUGCUGGGUUGGAUCGACGGGCAGCCGAGCCUCCAGGGCCACAUGUCUGUGCCGAGAGGACAAUCAGAGAAACGGAUGUUGUUGGAGCUGACCCAGGAAGGAACGAGAACAAGACAGAGUGAGCAAGAGUACGAUUGAGAGCAGCAGCCACAGCCACCAGUGUACGCAGUGUCCUUGUUAUCUCACUGUGAUGUUGCUGCGACACUUGUCGGGGAAGAAUCUGCCGGCUCCCACACCUCCCCUCAGUGCCGGAGCCGAUUAACAAGAGUGAAACGUUAAGAAUUUCCGUUCAACAGCUGGAUCAUUGAUGCUUUGUAGUGCUUGUUGUGUGAUGAAGGUGUUUUGUAUCUUGGGUGCAACUGUGUGUUUGCUCAUUCAGUGGCAGUCAUUUGUUCCAGCGCCAGGCAUAGAUCACGAGGAGCCGUCGGUGAAUGGAUUUUUAAGUGUAAUACUUUUCUAUUUUUCCAUUAACUUGUAACAAUCAGUUAAUUAAAAUUUUUGGCCUGUCCAUAUAUGUAUUAUCAUCAAAAUGUUAGUGUAGAGCAGGUGGUGUAGGCUGGUGAAUAUGAAAUAUAUAUAGAUUAUAUAGCUAGAAUAUGUAGCUAGUCUCUGGCAUUAACUGAGAAUGUUGGUUUUACUAAUCUCUGUUAUAACAAAAGCUAACAUACACUUCCAUACCAUUUGGAACAUUUAUUAAUUAAUAAUUAUUGUAAGAUCAUGAAAACCAAAUAGUGCUAAUCCUAGCACUCAUUUUGCAGGUAUUUAUGACUAAUUAUGGACAGUAAUUUAGUUUUUUAGGUUUUGAUGAAUUUUGUACAAAUAUAUUAUUUAAAUGUAUGCAUUUCAGACAAAAGAAUCGUGGUUCAAACAUGCAUAAAUCAUCCAAGAGCCUGGCUGGCCUCCCUGGCAACUUAGUACAAGAACAGAUUGUGUAAUGUUUCAUAUUAGUUCAUUAAUAGUCUUCCUUAGUUAAUAGGCUGGUGUAACUUCAGCUAAUUUUACUUCUUUUAUAAUCUUCGCUCCAGCAUUGUUACUUAAUGGCCUAAAGAGUCUUGAGUUUUCAUUUCCUGAAUAGCAGGCAACAACCUCUCACUGUAUGCUUUUUAAUGACAUAAAUUAUACUUCUAAAUCAUAUCAGUCUCAGCUCUAGACCUCUUGUUUCCUGUAAUGGUAGCAUUCUUCUCUCUAGACAUUACACUCUAGAAUAGUUUUCUCUCUUGAGUUGCAACUAGACGAGGCGUAGCUCCCUCCCAGGCCAGGCCGGGCCGCUGUGGGUCUUGGCCGCCCGCUCAGCGAGUAGCCCCGUAGGAGGCUUUGAGCAUCAGCAGUUUAGGAACAUACUGUAGCUAGCAAAAACCUCCAUUAAUUGUCUUUUUCAUGUUCAUGACUCAAAGAAUGACAGCAAGUAGACAGUUCCAAUGAAUGAUCAAAAUUUUUUUAAAGUGUUGCAGACUAAAGAUUGGAAGUGAAAUCAUAUCAAAAUGUAUUUUGAGACUUGAGAUGUCAAUGUAGUCACUCUUGUGCUUCUGUUUUAUACAUGACUGAAAAAGCAGCUUUAUUGACAUUACCUAUAAGUCUCAGAAUGGAUCAUGUUACAUAGCAGCUUGUCUCUCAUCUGGGCCUCAGUAUCCCAGGCAGGAAUGCUGAAACCACUGUGGGUAGGCCCUACAACCCCUCAUGCCACCCACGGCACUCAGGCACCUUCCUCUCGCAGCCUCGGGCCAAGACGCUGGACUGAGGGAUGUGAGGCAGGCAGAGCCAUGUCUCGGGGCCAGUCUGCUGAAGUGUAUGUAAGAUUUACAGUACGUAUGUAGUAUUUUCCAAUAAAUUAUAUGGUGGACGGUCAUGAGUAAUGGCUCUCAGCAGCAAGCCUUUCCCAGUCCAGCGUGUGAGCCGGGGCGAGCAAGGCGAAGGCAUGUGUGUGAAGCAAUGGGAGUGAGGGCCAAGUGCUGGAGGCUCACUCUACUUUGUUUCAUCAAGAGUAUUCAUUGUCUUUCUGUAAGGAGUAUAUAAGUAUAUAAAUGUAUAUCAGGCUAGAUGUGAAGUACUAAUACUUUUGUUAUGUAAACACUUGACCUGACGUAACAGACUGUUAGUUUAAGGGUGUCAUUCCUGUGUUUGCUUCAAGCGACUUCAGUGGUUCUAGAUUUCCCUUCAGUUUUAUUUUGAAUAUAAAAUUAUUCAGUUGUUUUUUGCAGUGUGUUCUUUAGUGAAAAAUUCUAAUUUGUUUUAUGGGUAAAUUAAUUUUAUGAAAUAUGUUUUGUUGUUGUGAAAUAUAGUGACAAUAACUGUCAAUAAAUGUGACAAUAGAGAUAUACUCGUAUGAAGCUGACUUGUGUGAGACCAAAUUUUUACCUUUCUGGUUUGAUAGCACAAAUUUCCUGAACCCUCCUGGCAGUGAGUGGAGCCAGAGGUGUGCUGAACAGUGUUAAUUAAUGGUGAUGUCCGGCCCAAGGUUUGAGAGACAAUAAAUCUAAAUAAACAUC